AUGGACGCAAAAGGACGCGAAUUGGAUGUGAUAACCCCAUCAGUGCGCGCACAAGAUGUGCCCAUUGAAGCCUGUCCCGUCGACCGCCCUUCGACCAUGGACGACACUGUGGUCCCGAUCAAACAUCGAAGCAGACUCCGCAUCACCAUGAUCCUGACUGCUCUAUACCUGUCUCUUUUUGUUGCUGCACUGGACGCUACCAUCGUUGCGACUGCGCUCCCCAAAAUCACGGCCGACCUGCACUCUGCAGCCGGCUACGUCUGGAUCGGGGGAGCUUACCUGAUUGCCAAUGCCGCGGCUUCUCCUAUCUGGGUGAAGUUUUCAGAUAUCUGGGGUCGGAAGCCGAUAUUCCUUGUAGCUCUGGUCGUCUUCUUUGCCAGCUCGAUCAUCUGUGCUGCAGCGGUUGACAUGCAGAUGCUUAUUGUUGGCCGCAGCUUUCAAGGUGCCGCAGGUGGCGGUCUCAUAUGCAUGGUCAACGUCGGAAUUUCGGAUCUAUUCAGCGUACGCGAGAGAAGCCUAUGGCUUGGUCUCUGUGAGGGCAUUUGGGCAUUCAGCGGAGCUGUGGGACCUCUUUUGGGGGGUGCCUUUGCACAAUACGCAUCCUGGCGGUGGUGCUUUUGGUGCAACUUGCCCAUAUCAGGCGUUGCGUUCCUGUUGAUCGUUUUCUUCCUCGAUGUCCACAACCCACGUACACCAGCUAUGGAGGGGAUCAGAGCUAUUGACUGGUUUGGAUGCUUAUCUAUUCUGGGCGUCACCGUGAUGCUUCUUCUCGGUCUCGAUCUUGGUGGAGCAGUUUAUCCUUGGGGCUCUGCAAAGGUUAUAUGCCUGAUCGUCUUUGGCGCGUUGAUGGUCCUGGUGUUCAUCUACAGCGAGAAAAAACUGGCCAAGUAUCCCGUCAUACCUCUAUCUUUGUUUGGCACGAGGAACGUUGCCACGCUUCUCGUCACAUUUUUCCAUGGCAUGGUCUUUAUGGCGCCAGAGUACUACCUUCCGCUGUACUUCCAAAGCGUUAUGGAGUCGUCCCCCAUCAGAUCUGGUUAUCUCCUAGGGCCACUCAUCGUUGCCACGGCUGUUACCGGUGUCCUGAAUGGCGUUUUCAUCCAUCGUACUGGCCAAUACCGUCCGUCACUCUGGAUCGGCUCGGUACUCUUAGCGUUGGGAACUGGCCUCUACUUGAUGCUCGAUGCUGAGUCAAGCGUCGGCAUGGUCAUCGGAUUCGAGAUCAUUGGAGGAAUCGGAUCCGGUCUUUUGUUCGAACCCCCAUUGAUAGCAAUUCAACAAGGCGUGCACCAGGACGAAGUUGGUACAGCGACUUCGACUCAGUCCUUCAUCCGAAGCAUGGCUCUGUCCUUGAGUGUUAUCGUCGGUGGCAUUGUGUUUGAACAAAGUAUGGACAUUCGAAGAACAAGCUUGAUCGCAGCCGGCCUCCCACCCUCUGUCGUGGAAAAACUGUCGGGUAAAAAUGCCGGGGCCAACGUCGAUGUCGGACGCAAUCUUCCGCCGAUGCAAGACCGUGCUGUCAAAGAUGCCUUUGCCUGGAGUAUCCGGAAUAUGUUUAUUAUGUUCACUGUCCUUGGAGCAUUCAACAUAGUGGCAAGUUUGUUUAUCAACCAUACCAAAUUGUCCACGGAACAUCGGGAGACUGUUACUGGCCUCAAAAGCAAGGAUAAAGCGCCAUCAAUAUCUUGA